AUGUUGCGUUUGGAGAACGGCACUGUGACCGUGGAGUUCCUUCUUGUGGGGUUUAGCGACCACCCAGAACUUCAGCACCUGCUCUUUGCUGUGUUCCUUUCCAUUUACUCUGUCACUCUGAUGGGGAAUCUUGGCAUGAUUUUAUUAAUCACAGUCAGCUCCCCUUUGCACACCCCCAUGUACUUUUUCCUCUGCAUGCUCUCCUUCGUGGAUGCAUGCUACUCUUCUGUCAUUGCCCCCAAAUUACUUGUGAACUUGAUUUCUGAUAAGAAGACCAUUUCUUACCAUGGCUGUGCUGCACAGUUAUACUUUUUCUGCUUUUUGGUUGACACUGAAUCUUUCCUCUUGGCUGCCAUGGCUUAUGACAGAUACGUAGCAAUCUGUAAACCCCUGCUUUACACUGUUACUAUGUCCAAGAGAGUUUGUAGCCAGCUUGCACUUGGAGCAUUUUUGGGGGGCGCUAUGAGCUCAAUUAUUCACACCACUAAUACUUUCCUUUUAGCCUUCUGCUCCAAGGAAAUUAACCAUUUCUUUUGUGAUAUCUCUCCUCUCUUCUUUCUGUCCUGCACUGAAACAUAUGCACAUGACAUCAUUCUGGUGGUGUUUGCUAGUUUGGUGGAAGCUAUUUGUCUUCUAACAGUUCUCCUGUCUUAUGUCUGUAUUAUAGCAGCUAUCCUUAGGACAGGUUCAGCAGAAGGAAGAAGGAAAGGGUUCUCCACCUGUGCUUCACACCUGACAGUGGUCACUAUUUACCACGGCACUCUGAUUUUCAUUUAUUUGCGGCCCAGUGCAGGCCAUUCAAUGGAUAUUGACAGAGUUACCUCUGUGUUCUACACAUUGAUUAUACCCAUGCUGAACCCCCUCAUCUACAGUCUAAGGAACAGGGAUGUCAAAAGUGCCUUCAGAAAGAUAAUUAACCAAAACAGACUAUCUUAA